AUGUCAAUGGGGACAGAAGCUAGAGCCCCUCAGAGGUCAAAGAGGACUGAAGCUGGAGCCCCUCACAUGUCAAUGAGAACUAAAUCUAGAGCCCCUCACAGGUCAAUGAAGACUGACACUAGAACCGCUAACAGGGCAAUGAGGACUGAAGCUAGAGCCCCUCACAGGUCAAUGAGGAGUGAAGCUAGAGCCCCUCACAGGUCAAUGAGGACUGAAGGUAAAGCCUCUCACAGGUCACUGAGAACUGAAGCUAGAGACCCUCACAUGUCAAUGAGGACAGAAGCUAGAACCCCUCAGAGGUCAAAGAGGACUGAAGCUAGAGCCCCUUAUGGUUCAAUGAGGAAUGACGCUAGAACCGCUCACAGGACAAUGAGGACUGAAGCUAAAGCCUCUCACAGGUCAGUGAGAACUGAAGCUAGAGACCCUCACAGGUCAAUGAGGACAGAAGCUAGAGCCCCUCAGAGGUCAAAGAGGACUGAAGCUAGAGCCCCUUAUGGUUCAAUGAGGAAUGACGCUAGAACCGCUCACAGGACAAUGAGGACUGAAGCUAAAGCCUCUCACAGGUCAAUGAAGACUGACACUAGAACCGCUAACAGGGCAAUGAGGACUGAAGCUAGAGCCCCUCACAGGUCAAUGAGGAGUGAAGCUAGAGCCCCUCACAGGUCAAUGAGGACUGAAGCUAAAGCCUCUCACAGGUCACUGAGAACUGAGCCCCUCAGAGGUCAAAGAGGACUAGAGACAUGUCAAUGA